CUGACUAAUAAGCGUCUUGCUGUUGGCGUUACUGCCCGCCGGGCAAAUCGUCGUAAUGGUGAUUGCCGGCCGGGCAGCUAUGACGUUAUGACGUCUUCUCGAAUGCUAGCUCUCCACUAACCGAGGAACCUAUGUUUCCUCGAGCAACCAUCCUUUCUUCUUGAGCAUACUAGUUUCCAGGUUUGCAGGCUUCAUCUGUACUCUUUUCUUUUUGAUAUAAAACUCAUCCAUUCUUCUUUCCACUCAGAAUCUCCAUUGAACAACCGAAGAACUGAAUCUUGACGCGUCAAACCAGAUCGUCGAAACCCCUCAACAAACUACCAUUACUCCUCCAUCUCCGCUCCCAACAACCAAACUAGCCAUGUCUGCUAUCCGUGCCUUUGCGACCCGUCGCACUCCAUUUGUCUUUGCCCAGCGCGCAGCUUUCUCGCAGUCAACAGUCCGCGCCGCGGGCAAGGAGUCUGCCCUCCACAGCGAAAACCGUGCUGAAGAGAUCGAGAAGAAGAAGCAGGAGCAACUGAAGAACCAAAAGGAGGGCAAGGCAAACUGGGAGGAGCAACUUGCCAGUGACAGCGAGAGCGCCAUCAAGGCAGACCGAUCCGAGACCGGCAAGGACACCCAGCAACAGAUCAAGGAUCUCCAAGAAGAGGCCAAGAAGGUCAAGCCUGGUCACUAGAGAAGAAUGGAGUAGAGUAUGAGCCAUUGGGGGUAUUGAGGAUACGACGCCUACGUUGAGGCUUGAGGCUGAGGGUAAAUACGACCCAGUAGCACAGCCUGAGAAAUGAGCUCUGGGUGGGAAAACGCCGACACAAAAGAAUAUAAUGGGUUAUCUUGUAAUGUUUCAAUGACAUGAUUUGCAUUCACCA